AGAGGCAUCCGGAGGUAUUGCUACAGGCAGCCUUGCGCUGAAGAGGUCGCUGGCUGCUGGACAGAUGUUGCAGACGCUAAAGAGCCUUCCGAGAUGCUGUCCAGCUGCCACAAGGCACCUUUCAAGUUUGAGGCAAUGCGAUGUUGCCAUUGUGGGUGGUGGCGUCAUUGGAGCAUCGGUAGCUCUUCAUUUGGCAGCGGCAGGUCUAGGAGAGAAGCGCGUCGUGGUCUUCGAAUCCGACGCCUCCUAUGCGCGCGCUUCGGCGCCCCGCUCGGCCGGGGGGAUCCGACAGCAGUUCUCGCUGCCGGUGAAUGUGGCGCUGUCGCUCUACGGCAUCGAUUUCCUGAAGCAGGGCCUCAAGAAGCUGUGCCAAGGAGUGGACGUAGAUGCUGACGUGCAGUUCAAGGAGCAUGGCUACCUGCUGCUGGCCACACCAGAAGGAGAGGCAGUCCUCAGAGAAAACAACGCGGUGCAACACGCGGCUGGUGCCUCGUGGAUUCGUUUGAUGGAUCCCGGGGAGCUCAACACCAGGUUCUCCUGGCUCUGCACCGAUGGCGUGGCCCUGGGGUCCUUUGGUGAGAGUAAUGAGGGAUACUUUGAUCCCUGGGCGCUGCUGCAGGCCAUGCGCAAAGCAGCAAUGGCAAGAGGAGUUGAGUUUAUUGAACAGCCUGUGAAGGGCUUCAGUAUGUCGGGCGGUCGCAUUGAAGGCCUCCAUUUGGGCGAUGGUGCAACGGUGCACGCCGGUACCGUGGUCAACGCCGCAGGUGCCUUUGGCGGAAAAAUGGUACAGAUGUGUGGAGAUGUUACUCCGCUUCCAGUGGUUCCAAGAAAGCGCUGCAUGUUUAUGUUCCACGUGGGUCAAGAGGCAUCCAGUGAUGGUCAUUUUCCGCGUCCUACGGACGAUACACCGCUCACCAUUGAUUCCAGUGGAGCAUAUUUCCGUUCAGAAGGUUCUCGUGGCCGCUUCCUGUGUGGAGUAGCUCCGCGGCCCGAGGACGACCACGACUGUGAAGAUUACGAGGCGGUGGACUUUGUGGAUCACGAGCUCUUUGAGGAGGUGAUCUGGCCUGCCCUGGCGGAACGUGCUCCGGCCCUGGAGGCCAUCAAGUUGGAAUCCUCCUGGGCUGGGCUUUACGAGUACAACACCCUGGACCAAAAUGGCGUCGUGGGGUGGCAUCCAGAUGUGCCCAACCUGAUGAUUGCUUGUGGCUUCAGUGGCCAUGGCUUACAGCAGGCACCUGGCGUUGGUUGUGCAGUUGCAGAGUUGCUGUCCUUGGGGGGGUACAAAAGCAUUGACCUCUCCAUCUUGGGCUACGACCGCAUUUGCCGCAAUGAGCCGGUGCUGGAACGUGGCAUCUAUUGAUUUGGUGAUCGCUGGUGAUUUGGCCGCGGUACAGCAAGCGCCACGAGAAAAGGAUCUGCACUGGCAUCGGUUCAAGUGACAUGAAGCGACUGUAAACAAG